AAUUGCGAUGACUGCGUAACAUCGGAACAUUGUGGCUACUGUUCCUCCACGUCAUUAAAUAUGAGGCAGUGCUUGCCAGUCCAUCCGGAUAAUUUCCAGUAUUCACUUUACGGAUAUUGCAAGGAGGGGGCUGAAAAUGCCACGGAUUACAUAUUUGCGGAUAAUUACUGCGAGACGAGAUUCACAGCACUACCGAUUGCUAUCAUGGUGUUAUUCGUAUUUGCUUAUUCGUUUGGUAUGGGCCCGAUCCCAUGGGUAUUCAAUGCCGAAGUAUAUCCGAUUUGGGCGAGAAGUACAUGCGUCGCGCUCUCUACUUUCACCAACUGGAUGUUCAGUCUGCUGAUGUCGCUGACAUUUCUUAGCUUAAGUCAAACUAUCACCAAAUAUGGUGCCUUCUUUUUGUAUGCGGGUAUUUCAUUUGUCGGUUUCAUCAUUUUCUACCUCUUUGCUCCGGAAACACGAGGACGACGAAUCGAAGAAAUUGAGCUUCUCUUCAUGAACGAAACAGACCAACGAGAACAAAUGGCGCUUCGACAGAAUGCGCAACGGCAAACGACCACACUGGAAUAA